CUAUUGUUCAUUCACAAUAAAGAGGAAAAAGUACAGUUUUUGACGUAGAUACAGCAACUGUGUUAUUAUAACCAGGACAUUGAACGCGUAGGAUCAUCAUCCAUCAAGCAUAACAUUAGGAACUUAUAAAGUCGCUAUGUCGAUGUAUGUUUGGAUUUCCUCUAUGUGUUUAAUGAUAACUUUAUCAGAGUCAGCCGUGUACCAGACGCCUACAUAUAUUGCCAAAAGAAAGGGCAUUUCAAGGUACGAAUUACUCAUUGGUAAUGAAGCAAAUCAGGCGGUCAAAGAAAAGGUCAUUAUUGACACGAAAAAGCAAACAGAAACGUUCAUUGUACCCAAGUAUGGCAGGAGCAACGCUGCUGUGGUUUUGGAUGACUUUAAAAAGAAAUUGAAGCUAAUCUACAACAAAGACAAAAACGUGUGCUACUUAUUGACAGGACAUAUGAAUAACGAGGAACCACCGCGGGUUUUGAAGGCUAUCAUUGACAGGGAAUUGAAUAUGAAAACAGUCUUGAGAUCCUUCCGCAAAGUAGAAGAAAUGCAAACAUCGACGUGGAAAAUCGGAAAACCAUUGAAGAACGCACAUAGGACUCUGUUCAAUAGAGCAAUGAACAAACUAUGCGGUAAAAAACAAGUCUUUUGGUUAAGAAAGGCCAAAGGAAACAAGAAACAAGCACGCAACCAAGCAAACCACAAACGAGAUGGGUCGCAGUACGCGUGCUACUCUCAAAUCUGUACAACGUUUUAUUACACGAAGUAUGUAUUUGAACCAUCAUUCCACACUGUGAGAGUUCAAAAAACAAGAUGCGUGCUGGUCAUAUGUUAAAUUGCUACAGGAGGAAGACUAUAUCUAAAGUUCUGGCGUUACCUUUGAUAAGGAGACAAAAGCAUUUACUAAUGCGCAUGUGCACUCUGAACUUGGAAAUUCAAUUUCGCUGUGUUCCAUGAUUUCUCGAGAAUCCGAUUCUCUUGAAACGAUCAUUACUCAUACAUCUUAUUUACAAGUAGAGAAAUGUUGUACUGUGUACACAAAUGACAACAAUAUCGUUUUUAAAGGAAAUGCGGUUCAUAAUUUGAGAUGAAUUUAUGUAAAUGUGUAGUGAUUUUUAGUGCUAAUAAACAAUACAUUAAGCAAUG